AUGCGGUGGCAUCGUACCAUAACGCCUACUAUACUGUCCUCAACUAUUGUCUUUCUGCUAUUUUUCGUUUUCCAAGAAUCCACUGCUCUAGUAUGUCCGAUUCCAGCAGCAACGCCAGGAGGUAGUCUUCGAAAUAAAACGUGUCCCGACUUCAAAGCGAACCCGACAUUCGUUCAUUGCUGCACCUCGAAACUGCCGCCGACCAAUUCGUUGUUGAAAGAAAAACACGGCGUUUAUUGCUGCUCGUUGGAGGAUUUCGAGAAGGAAAAACAAGAAAUUGCGAAUCAAGAAUUGAGGAACUUCUUGAAAGAAUACCUGGCCCUGAUCAUCUUCGGAUCCGUUCUCGUCAUCUCCCUCUUCGUGAUAGUGACUGCAAUUGUGUGUAAGAAGAUUCCAGGAUGUCCAAUGUAUCAAAGUAUUCACAUGAUCACGCGGUCCUCUGCUGACUCUCCAUCCGCGCUCUACCGUCCGGUCGAUCAGAUUCCACCAAAGAUGUACGAAGCGCCGCCCCCUUACGAGUGUUUCGUGCCACCACCCACUACAUCAACGACAAUUGCGACGACAUCAACGGAUAAUAAUGAAUGGAAUUGUAUUUUGGAGAAUGAGGUGAGUAAUUAUGUUAUAAUUAGAAAUUCUGUAAAUUUUAAGACCAAAAUCAAAGGAUUUCGUUGA